CUCCCGCCCGCGCCCGCCGCAGCGCCGCUCCCUGCAGCCGCCCGGCGGGGUGUGGGGGAGGCGGCCGCUCGCUCCCGCCCGCCCGCCCGCCGCCGCCCCGCAGGCCGCCCCGAUCCCCUCAGAAAAUGAUGCACCCUGUUGCCAGCAGUAAUCCAGCUUUCUGUGGGACCGGCAAGAGUUCUUGCCUUAACGAAGACAAUGUGAGAUCUGCCGAUCAGUUUGACUUGUAUGCCACGCAGCAAAGUAAAUACAGCCACGCAGUCAGCCACAAACCCAUUGCAUGCCAGAGACAAGAUGCGUUGAAUGAGUCGCACUUGCAGACCACAAGUGGCAGGAGUAUAGAGACAAAAGAUGAACUAAAGAAAAAGAAAAACCUCAACCGAUCUGGGAAACGUGGAAGGCCAUCAGGGACCACAAAAUCAGCAGGGUACCGAACCAGCACAGGUCGACCCCUCGGGACCACCAAAGCAGCUGGAUUUAAGACAAGUCCAGGCAGACCCUUGGGUACAACUAAAGCAGCAGGAUACAAAGUCAGCCCAGGCAGACCUCCAGGUAGCAUUAAAGCUCUAUCACGGCUUGCAAAUCUAAGUUAUACUUGUGGCAGUGCAGCUUUUCCUUAUCCUAUGGUGCAUAACAGAGGAGUACAUGCUGCUGGGGAGACUAGCAGCAAAAUCAAACAGCCUAAUGAAUGAAAGGAGGGAAUUAGGAACUCCUUACUAAUCCGCUUUACUCUGAAUUUUGGCAUGUUUCUUGCAUUUGGUUGUAGUGUUUGCCUGAGUUUCUAGCUUUUAUUUUUGUUCGGAUAAUGCCAUAGCCUGCGGGUGCAAUUCAGUAACUAAAAGUAAUGUUGAGAAGGCCCUGGCUUAAAGGGGGGUUUGUGGGUUUUAAAUGAUCAUUUCUAAGAAAGUCUGAAGUGAUGCAUUAUGACUUGGUGUCAAUACUUAAGUAAUGUCGUGUCCCUAGUUUUACAUUUAAUUUCUGGAAAAUCUAGUUGUGUGGUUAUGCAUUAAAUAAGUGAAAUAAGGAGGACAGAAUUAGCUCGCUCUUGGGUCAUGAUGUGGCCUAUCCCACAACAGGGAGCUUAGCCAGAUGAGUUCUUACUUGAUAACCUGAUGAAGAAAGCAGCAUGCUGCAUUUUCCACUUGUGCAGGAGCUUCUACAGACCUCAAAUAGACACUUAAAAACUUAAACAAACAAAACCCCAACCUGUUUUUAAAGUGCUCAGUUCAGGUGGCUUUUGUUUUUGGAGCUGCAGGAAACUGAGCAUUUGUACAGGACAUUCACAGAGCCUUAUUAAUACAAGCUCGUUUGCCUUUAGGUGAUAGCUGUUCCUUUAGUUCUGCUGGUACAGGAUUCUGCUGUGUCGUUUUGAAAUGCCUAAUAGUACCUAUACCAAACCACAGAUAAUCCUUUGAAAACUGAAGUAUUUUCUAAGACAUUAAGUACUGUUCAUUCUAGUUACACACUUGAUCAAUAUUAAACAGUAUGUUCUUAAAUCUGUAAAUAGCUAUUUACACUGGGUUUUGCCUUUAAAAUCUGUGCUUAGGUGGCAACAGUUUAAUAGCUUUUAAAAUAUUAACCUAUAAUGUUUACAAAUACAAACACUGACAAAAGUGUUUUUAAAUAGACACUGUUGCCAAGUUUUCAUACUUCUUUUCGCCAGAUAUUCCUGGAAAUACAGUUAUUUUGUUGUUUGUCACUUCUGUUUAAGUUAUGGAAGCUUAUAUAUCUACCAAAGGACACCAUUUUCAUGAUUUAUAAAAGCAGACUCUAUAGCUGAUGCAAACAGGAUGUAGUUUACUGCCCUGCUAGACCCCAGUUAGAAAGUAAUCCAUCUAUGCAUGCAAGCUGAAAAAAGUUGUUCUGCGUUAGCUAUAAAUAACCUUUCUUGUCUCAAACUAAACCCUUCCCUCCAUCCAAAAGAAAUGUUCCAUUUUUCAACUGGGUGCAUUUGAUUUUUAAGUGUGAGAGAGUGUGUGUGUAUAUAUGUGUGUGUGUGUGUGUGUGUGUAAAAUACUCUCCUUUAGACAUCAGAAAAUCACUCCUCAAUGUUGCAGCUUGUUUGUGCUACAUUUAUUUUACUGGAAUUAAAGCUUUUCCUUUCUUUCUUCCAUCAGGAAGAAAGGUUACAUUUAAGUUGUUUCCAUACAUAAUAUGCUAUUAUUUGUAGCUUAAAAUAUCUGGGGAGGGGGAAUAUAUAUAUAUAAAGACAUUGCAGAUUUGGGGGAGCAUAAAAGUUUGGGUGAAUUGAGCCUGUGCUGAAUGAUGCUGGUAUUUUUUGUUAACAUAAAUGCUAUUCUGGCCUGCUGUCAUUUUGAUGAGACCUCUUGCUUUCAGUGAUGACAACUUACGAAACAGAUGUCAUGUUUCAUACCUUUUUUGUCAGGAAAAAAGCAGCAAGCCUUCAGGUGUUCCAGUGAUGCCUAACACAUAUUGAGCUGGACUUUAUGCUGUACUUUACAAUAGGUGUGUUGAAUUGUUUUGGGGGAACUGUGUAUGCACUGGCAACUAAGACAAUGAACCUCAACUGUACUGGAUGGCUCCUUAGGCGAUAGAGGAACUAAUGGCAGCUAAACUGCUACUAAAAGGUAGAGUUUCUUCAUGCUGAAACUAUGAAAUCCAGUUAUACGUUCUGUUCCUCACCAAACUCUGAAGUCUGAAACUUAGCAGUCUUUCUCAGAACACUGUAACUUCUGACACAUGCAAAAUGUUAACGUGAGUUAACCCUCAGGAUCUGUGUUGUAUUGGCUGGUUUUAAUCAGAUGAUUUUUCCCCAAAAGACUGCUCUAAGUUCUUUGCUGAGCUCAGCUGGGAAAGCAGUUCCUCUUCAGCUGAAUGUAAUAACGCAGGAGCAUCCCACCUCACUGGCAAGGAGCGCGUUGCAUGUCAGCACUGUACCUUGGAGAAAUUCCACUUCUUACCUCCUCCUGUUGAUCCUGUUGCUCCUGUUUGUUUCUCACUCGUGCAUCUCCUCAGUGGUGCUGUGCUGUGUGUCAGGAGAUAACGCCGAUGUAUUGCUGUUCUGCUGGUAUAAUGAAUUCUGUAUUUGAGUAUGCUGAUGAAAUAAUGAAAUCAGCUAAGCAAUUCCUGUUCAUUACAGUGUUUAUUAAUUACAUCAGAUGGAAUAUAAUCCCAGUAAAAAGCAAUUAAUGUUGUCAAUCGUGGAAUGAUGAGCAUAAAGUAGAAAAGUGUUCAGAGAUACUGUAAUGGGCUCCUUGGCACUCUGGAUUUAGCCAGGAGACCCAGAAGGGCACUGCUGGGCAUUUCCAAAUUCCAGUUGAUUUUCUGUCUGGCUAUAGCUUCCUGGUGCCAUGCAGCGAGGAGAAGGAAAAUGAAGUUACAGAGGUUCAAAGUGAACCAGAAAUGGAAUUUUCAAAUACUUCUGCUUUUCCUAUGUAUAAUCUGCAGAAUACAUUGUGCUUUUUUCAACACUUUUCUUUCCAUGAGAAACACUGAAACAGCAUGUUAAUGCCUAAACUUUAUUAGUACCAAUGGGAAAACUGGCCUUUUCCCCCCAUAGGAUGAAAACAUUACUUGUAAGGUUAAAUUGCUUAUUUUAUAUUAUCUCUCAUAAUUCAGCUAUUGGUAAGCUAGGAUCACUGUUGUGUGUUAACACUGUUCAGAAGAUCUCCAUGUCAAGUUUGGGUUUUAAGAACUCCUUUUAAUUAUCAAGUUUUUAACGUCUUAUUUAUACAUCAAUGAAAUGUAUUAGCUUGCUAUUAUUCCUUCAUGAUGCUAUAAGAGUUCACUGUUUAAUAUACAUAUAGUAACUACUAUUCAGUUUCUGAUUAAAUUUACUUAAACUUUAAAACCAAAUAAUUUUGCUACUAUAAAGUCUUGCACUGGACAUAUUCAAGAUGCUCGCACCGUAUUUUGGCAGAAGAAAAAUGAGACACCAUCAGAAGUGCUGACUGAUAGCAAAGAUAGUAUCUUUAAAGUCGGCAGUUAGCUUUGUCAUUGAGGCAAUGUUCUUGUAUCUUGGAUUUAGUUGAAAUGAAUCGAAAGGGGGGUUGGAACUCAAUGAUCUUAAAGUCAUUUCCAACCCGAACCAUUCUAUGUAUCAAGAGCCAUUAAAGAUCUCUGUUCUGAAUGAAAGAUCCUUGAGUUCAGUCAGGACAAACCCAAGCCUUGUAAGCGAAAAGCAAUGUGUCUGUGAAAAGAAUUACUUGGAACUACAAUACGCAGAGUAAUUCAGAUGAGAAUUGAACUCCCUCCCCCACGUUUGAAGAGCUUUAAAAGGCAGAGCAAUGUGAAGUCAUUUGUCUGAUGGUUUCAUUAGCUGUGACUCUGCUGUCUUUGUUAUAUGUAUAAUAAUGUUUCACGCUUAAGAGUUGACAGUUAAAACAGCUGAUAACAAUCAUAAAUACUUUAAACUGCAGACUUCAUUUCUGACCACAAAAAAAAAGUUUAUUCUUCUCUAUUUUAAUGCAUAUAUUUUAACACUGCUUAAAUAUAUUUAUGACGUUAGUAGAGAUUAGACCUUUCUCCUUGUGAUUUUUUUUUUUUCUUCCCAAAUAGAAACACCUGUAUUCUAAAAUUUGAACCACUUUCUGAUACUUUAAUCUUUCAUCAUUUGCUUUUCCACAGGUUUACUUUGGGGGAAGCAGUAAUCAAAUAACUAGUAUUGGCACCCCAUCCUCUGCUGUAAAAAGCCUGAUUAGAUACUGUGUAUGUUUUUAUGUCCAUGAACUUGAGCUACUCGUGUGCAAUUAUGUGUAUGGGAAUGGAGUAGUGUUCAUGAUCUGUAUUUACAUCAUCAUAUGGAUGUAUAUUUAUUAAUAAAGUUAAUACUUUAAAACCUAA